CAGCAGAGAGAUGUUGGAAUGGUUGGCAAGUGUGUCAGUUGUUAAAAAAAGUCUUAUGUGAAAGGAGGAAGCAAGCAAGCAAGCUUGGUCUUGAAGAGAAGUACCCCUCCAAAGACUCUCAAUCCCCUCUGACAGGGAAAAUAAAAAUAAAAAUAAAAAAUUGCAAAAGACUCAUUAAGCAUAAUAUUGUAAUCCAAGAAAAGAAGGAGAGAAGUUACAAGAGUUAAGUGUGGAAGCAUAAGUGAUUAGAUUCUGUAAUAAUUUACCAACAACUAAGAGCAGUUGGCCGUAGUCUGUUCGUUUAAAAUCUUUACAUUUCACUCGUUAGCUUCGGCAGAUUUUGAGCGAGCAUUUGGUGCCAUGAAGGCAUAAUAAUAAAAUACGCAAUUCAGGUACCCAUCUGAGAAAAAUCUCAAAAGGGUUUCAGCAACUCCCAUCUCUUGGUUCUUGGGACGCCUUUAUCUCGAAAGUCGAAGAAUUGGUUCUUGGUUCAUUGGAACAUCACUGGGCGCUACUUCAUUCCAUAUUCAUUGCUUCAAGUUUAAAGUGAUCAUUGUCAGUCAAGUCUUGCUUCAAAAUAUCCAAGCUUUCUUAAAUCAAUCAUAUUGGUGUCUGAUUGAGUGGAGGACAUGAAAAAUUCAGUUCUCCCAAUUCCCACAAACAAAAGAGCAAAAGGGAAUCUGCUUUAUUUCUGCUAGUCUGGUGAGCUGUUAAUUAGCUGAUUCCAUCGUUUGUCUAAGUCUACUUUAUACUCUGAAAGGUUCACUUUCCUGUCUGUGGCAAGCAUUUUCCUUAGCGUUGGAGUAGGCUCGAUCCUAGGGUUUUCGAAAGAAAGAGGUAAUUUGCUGGUGCCGUUUGGAUUUUAUGCCUGAUAGAUUUGCAUUUGUCCUUUAACUUUGUGUCUGUAGGAUGCUGCAAUAGGAGGCUUCUUUUGCUUUACACUCGAUAAGUUCUCUAAAGCUGCCACGGUUACUUGUUCCUUGUUGAGUCCUACAAGAUAUCACCACUCAAUUUUAGUCAAACCCACUUUACCUUCUGUUUUUUCUAGUUUCUUCUGUUUCAUCUCUAUCUAUAGUCCUGGUCUGAAGCAACUGUUUGGUCGGGGUUUCGUUUGCUUAGGAGAAAAGUGAGUUUCCUUGGUUCUGUUGGCCUACUUUUGAAUUUAGGAGAUGGAUGGUCGUGAAAAUGAGGAUGUGGGAUUUCAACAUGGAGGUGAGGAUGACCUGCAUUGUCCAUCUUUAGGAAUGAGCACAAACCCACUGCCUGAAAAGAUCUCUGGAAUGAUUAUGAGUUCUGUCUCCAUGUAUAAACCUUCAAAUGGAGCUGACCCUUUCUUUAGUUCUGGUUGGGAUCCACUUGCUUCCUUGAGUCAAAACCAGAAUUUUGGAGGUUCUUCUUCCACGGUUUCUCACAGUGAAUUUGCCAAUCCACCUUACCCUAUUGCACUAGAAAAUCAGGGAACUAGUAGCACAGGCCAACUGGUACGGUACCCAUCCAAUUCCAGCUUUGUCGAACUAGUGCAGAAGCUUCCGUGCUUUGGAAGUGGGAGCUUCUCAGAAAUGGCUAAUUCCUUUGGCUUUCCCGACUGUGGCCAGAUUGCUAAUUCUGGGUGCCCUCAGAAUUAUGCAUCACUCAAAGAGGGUGGCACUGGAAUAACUUCAACAAAUGGUGCACUGUCUCGAGAUGAUCCCCAAAUUUCAUGCGAGGGUGCUAUAGGCUCUUCACCUAAUGCAAAGAGAAGGAAACGAGCGUCUGAUUCCAAGAAUUCGCCCAUCACCCAUCAGAAUGCUGAGGGGGAACUACAGAAGAGUCUUUCUCGAGAGAGUUCUGAUGUUCUAAAAGAACCUGAUGAGAAGAAACCAAGAAUUGAACACAGCAAAGGUUCAAAUUUGCGUGGUAAACAAGCGGGUAAACAAGCUAAAGAUACUUCCAGUGGAGAUGCUUCUAGAGAAAAUUACAUCCAUGUAAGAGCCCGAAGGGGCCAGGCCACAAACAGUCAUAGCCUUGCAGAACGGGUGAGAAGAGAAAAGAUUAGUGAGCGGAUGAGAUUGCUUCAAGAACUAGUUCCUGGUUGCAAUAAGAUCACUGGGAAGGCGGUAAUGCUUGACGAGAUUAUAAACUAUGUGCAGUCGCUGCAACAGCAAGUUGAGUUUCUGUCAAUGAAACUUGCCACUGUCAAUCCAGAACUGAACAUUGAUAUAGAACAGAUUCUGUCAAAAGAGAUAAUUCAUUCACGGGGUGGCGCUGGAGCUAUUCUAGGACUUGCUCCGGCAAUGAACUCCUCUCACCAUUACCCACAUGGAAUUUUUCAAGGGACCUUCCCAAGUAUCCCCAGUACAACUCCAAAAUAUCCCUUGCUGCCCCAGACUGUCUUAGACAAUGAGCUCCAGAGUCUGUUCCAAGUGGGAUUUAAUUCUUGUCCAGCAGUUGACAAUUUGGGAUCAAAUGCAGGGAACUUGAAACCAGAAUUUCAAUGAUACGAAGAGAGAAGUGUGAUUUCCUGCUAACAAAGAAUAUAAAAAUAUAUCACAAAGGGAAAGAAUUAUCUGUUGUAUAGGCUGUCAUUUCCUGACUGUUUGUUCUUCUAAGUUUUAGCAGAAGAUUAUGUGACCUGUUAGAAUUAGAAACCAUGUAUAUUCAGACAAAAAGGCGAGUCUUUGAUGAUUGAUGGAAAAUUAUUGUUAUGAAUUGUUGCUGUAGAUUAGAGGGAUCAUGUGUGAGAGUUUUGGGGAAACCGUGGAAGAUUUCAAUUCUUUUUAGGGCACAUCAAGUUAGGAGAAUAUAUGGACAAGAGAUCAUUUCGAUAUGUAUGCCAUAUCCCGAAAGACUGGUUACAUUCCCAUCCAAUAAAAGGUCAUUUGUUUGUCCGCA